CAAAGUAUUGCGCAAAGGGCGGAAUGUAACAACGCCACACUGUCACAACUCAGAAACAACCAAACAGUCUUCAGUUUUUUGUGGUUUUGCUUGUCCACAGAGCUACAUCGCCUCUCCAUGCUGCUGUGCCGGGUUUCGGCAGUAAGCCAGACGCUAGCGAGAUGGGGACGGAGGUCACAACGGGGAGGCGGCCUCCUCCACCGUGCUCUCUCCUUAAGCUCCAGCCGCUGUCACGGUGUAAGUUCAGGCGAAGCCGGCGCUCAGCCCGCAGAGGCAGGCUCUGCUCAGGGACUGUACCGAGACACAGUGCUCCUUCCCCGGUCUGAGUUCCCAAUGAAACUGACUGGACAGAAGCUGCUGGACCGAGAACUCCAGAUACAGCAGGAUUGUGGGUUUGCAGGUUUGUACUCCUGGCAAAGAGAGAGGAAGGCCAAGAAGGAGUUCUGCCUACACGAUGGACCUCCGUAUGCCAAUGGAGACCCACAUGUAGGACAUGCGCUCAACAAGAUCCUGAAAGAUAUCCGAAACCGUUUUGAGAUGCUGAGGGGGCGGCAGGUCCACUACGUCCCGGGUUGGGACUGCCAUGGCCUGCCCAUCGAGCUGAAGGCUCUGGGGGAGUUGGGGACCAGCGGCCUCAGUCCCCUGCAGAUCAGACAGAAAGCGCGGGAGUUUGCAGAGGGGGCCAUAGCUCGUCAGAAGGCUGCCUUCCAGCGCUGGGGGUUGAUGGCUGACUGGGACCAGUGCUACUACACCUAUGAUGGGGCCUAUGAGGCUGCUCAACUGAAAGUCUUCCAAGAGAUGCACAGCAAGGGGUUCGUCUACCAGGACUACAAGCCAGUCUUCUGGUCCCCUUCAUCAAGAACGGCCCUGGCAGAGGCAGAGCUGGAGUACAACCCUGAGCAUGUGAGCAGAGCCGUUUAUGCCACAUUCCCCCUGAGCACACUGCCACCUGCGAUAGCCUCAGAGGGAUUGCAAAUUCUCUCUGUGUUGGUGUGGACCACCCAGCCCUGGACCAUUCCCGCCAACCAGGCCGUCUGCUACAUGCCCAACGCCCAGUACUCGGUGGUGAAGAGGGCGGACAACUCUCAGCUGCUGUUGGUGGCCACUGAACGCACAGCCAGCGUGGCAGCACUGCUGGCCACAGAGCUGGAGAGUAUAGGCACCUUCACAG